UAUCACACUACAAAUCAAACACUAGAGGAGUUGUGAAAUAGGAAUUGGGUGUAAAACUAGGCCGUUACCAAAAUUUCAGGUGGCAAACUAAAGAAAAAUAAAAUGUAUAAAUAUAUUCUUAGCAGGUCUACUCUGAGUCUAAGCGCAGUCCAGUCUCCUCCUAUUUUAGGUUUAUUGUUAAGAUUUCAAAACCAAUUCAAUACUCCAACCAAUUUUCAUAACUGCACCUUUCCCGCUCGGACAUUUAUACAAACACUUUGCCUACAUACUCAAACAACCCAAGGUAACCGCCUCGUUAAUACCCAAGCGCAAGCGCAAACACUAGCCGAGCGAAGAAGCAUGAAGUACGUGCUGGUUACCGGCGGAGUCGUGAGCGGGCUCGGAAAAGGAGUCACCGCCAGCAGCAUAGGCGUUGUUCUUAAAGCUUGUGGCCUUAGAGUUACCUCUAUUAAAAUAGAUCCUUACUUAAAUACUGAUGCCGGUACUAUGUCUCCCUUUGAGCAUGGAGAGGUUUUCGUUCUUGAUGACGGCGGAGAGGUUGAUCUAGAUUUGGGCAACUAUGAGCGCUUCCUGGACGCGACACUUACAAGAGAUAAUAACAUUACUACUGGAAAAAUAUUUCAGUCUGUGAUUGAGAAGGAAAGGAGAGGUGAUUAUCUUGGAAAAACUGUUCAGGUGGUUCCACACAUCACUGAUGCUAUUAAGAAUUGGAUUGAGUCGGUUGCUACUAUCCCUGUGGAUGGAAAGGAGGGCCCUGCGGAUGUCUGUGUAAUAGAACUGGGAGGAACUGUAGGUGAUAUCGAAUCAAUGCCGUUCAUUGAGGCUCUACGUCAAUUGUCCUUUUUAGUUGGACAAGAUAACUUUUGUCUUAUUCAUGUGAGCCUGAUACCUGUGCUAGGCGUUGUAGGAGAGCAAAAAACUAAGCCUACACAACAUAGCGUUCGUGAACUAAGAGCAUUGGGCUUGACUCCUCAUCUAUUAGCAUGCCGGUCUGCUCAGCCUUUGUUGGAAAAUACGAAGGAGAAACUCUCUCAGUUUUGUCAUGUUCCGGCUGCUAAUAUUCUUAACAUACAUGAUGUUCCAAACAUCUGGCACGUUCCUCUAUUACUUAGGAACCAAAAUGCUCAUCAUGCAAUUUUAAAGCAGCUUAACUUACACAAUAUUGCGAUGCCCCCUGAUUUACAAGAUUGGACCAAGAUGGCCGAGACUUAUGAUAAUAUCACUAAUUCUGUAAGCAUCAUAUUCAAUUGGAAUGUAAGUCUCUUGUUUGAUAUUUCCUUGUUCCUGAGACAGGGUGAGACUAAAUGUGUGCAGGUGAGAAUUGCGAUGGUGGGAAAGUAUGUUGGCUUGACAGAUUCAUAUCUGUCUGUUGUGAAGGCCCUUCUACAUGCUUGUAUUGCAUGCUCAUUGAAGCCAUCGAUUGAUUGGAUUGCAGCUUCAGAUCUUGAAGACGAUAGUACACCAGAAGCUCAUGCUGCUGCAUGGGAGACUUUGAGGAAUGCAGCAUGCGUCUUAGUUCCUGGUGGGUUUGGAGAUCGUGGAGUAAGAGGAAUGUUACUAGCUGCCAAGUAUGCUAGAGAGAACAAAAUUCCUUAUCUUGGGAUCUGCCUGGGGAUGCAAAUUUCUGUCAUUGAGUUUGCUAGAUCAGUUUUGGGUUUGGACAAAGCAAAUAGCGAGGAGUUUGAUGCUCAAACAUCUGAUCGUGUUGUAAUAUUUAUGCCCGAGGGUUCAACAACGCAUAUGGGAAGUACAAUGAGAUUAGGAUCUCGGAAGACGCUGUUCCAGACCCCUGAUUGUAUUACAGCUAAACUGUAUAAUAAUCCUCAAUUUGUAGAGGAACGGCAUCGCCAUAGAUAUGAGGUAAACCCAGAGGUAAUAGAAGUUCUAGAAGAAAGAGGACUAAAGUUUGUCGGAAAGGAUGAAACAGGAAAGAGGAUGGAGAUAUUAGAGCUUCCGGACCAUCCAUUUUACGUAGGUGUGCAAUUUCAUCCAGAAUUUAAAUCACGUCCAAGGAGGCCCUCACCUCUCUUUUUAGGUUUCAUAUUGGCAGCAUCAGGGAAGUUGGAAGGAUAUUUUAACAGUAAUCAGAAUGGAGUUUAGUUUCUUAAAACUUCAAAUCAGGUUUAGGAGGUAGUUGUCACUUGUGAGAACAAAAUUUUGAAGAACUCGUCAAAUUGAGGAAGUUUGAUGAAAUUGGUGCGGAAGUUAAUAGAUUGAAGAGGUCUGUUACUCGCAUUCUAGAUUCAUUUGUAUUGCAACUGUGAAUUAUUACUUAUUAGUACUAAGUUCUUGGCUGGAGCAAUUCCUGAAAUGAUCCAGCUAUACCAGCCAUUUUUUAAUGUUUCUGAAAAAUGUAGGUUAUCCAUAUGUACUCUUGUUAUAUGUAAAUAUGCAUAUGUUUUUUUAUUAAA